AUGGCCACCCAAGUGUGUCAGAACUACCACAAGGACUGUGAGGAUGCUGUUAACAAGCAGAUCAACCUGGAGCUCUAUUCCUCCUAUGUUUACCUCUCCAUGUUCUCUUACUUUGACCGGGAUGAUGUUGCCCUGUGUCACUUUGCUGAGUUCUUCAAGGAGCAGUCCCAUGAGGAACAGGAACACGCUGAGAAACCGAUGGCCUCCACGUUUAUUCUGGAAUGCGAAGUCCUCCUGCAGGAUGUCAAGAAGCCAGAGCAGGAUGAGUGGGGCAAUGGUCUGGAGGCAAUGCAGAGGGCUCUGCAGAUGGAGAAGGAUGUGAACCAGAGUCUGCUGGAUCUGCACAAACUCUCCUCUGGCCACACUGACCCUCAUCUGUGUGACUUCCUGGAGAGGCACUACUUGGAUGAGCAAGUGAAGAUGAUCAAGAAGCUGGGAGAUCACAUCACCAACCUGAAGAGACUGGGAGCCCCUGAGAAUGGCCUGGGAGAGUACCUGUUUGACAGGCUCACCCUGGGGGAAGAGUGA